GAGCGGUCUGGUUGGCGACGAAGGAGGUUCUCGAUAGUGAGAACAUGAAUCUCACAAAGUUUUUUUUCUUUAAGAAAUAAGAAAGAUGUCAAUGAACACCCGUAAAUGUCCAACUUUGAAUGUCUUGAAUGGAAAUGCAACCGCAUCUUUAAGUAACACUACUUCUUCCAUUAAAGCCGUCAAACGCAAAUGAUGUCGCGGAGUUCGAUGUUGUUGUUAUUUGUGUUUUUUUUGACGAUGUUUUAUUUUUGGUUGAUUUGAGCUUUGUUUUACUUUUAGUUUUAGGUGUUGUUAUCAAAGAGGACAUCAGAACAAAGAAUAAGUAAUAAAGCUAUUCAAAAUGUGUUUAAUCUAAGAGCAUGGAUGAUUCGUACCUUGUUUCAUUCUCAUACCUUCCAGUGGUAUUAUUUUUCACCUUCAAAAAUAGGCAAGCCUUAAGACUCCAUGUACCGUAUAUCUUACGUAAGCUAGAAAAUAUGAGAAUGAAACAAGUUAAAGAAAUGAUCUAGAAACUGGUGAAUGUACGCAAUAAAGGAGUGCAUGUACCUUCACAUGCAUUCAUGCUUGAAGAGUUUAUGUCUAUAUAAAGAAACAUUUUUCACUAUGGAUUAUUAUUUUCAUACAGAUACACAAAACAAGGUGAGUGUCUUGUGAGUCAAAUACCUGUUGUGUAUAACUCACCUCUAUUUCGUCACCAUUUAAUUCUCUGUUUUAGUCUUAUAUAUUUAUAAAUUUGCAAUGGCUGGAUUAAUUAAUAAAAUACUUGGCAAAGACGAUAAACAUGAAAGUGAACACAGUGAGCAUCACAAAAGUGAGCAUCACAGUAGUUCAUCGAGAGCAUCUGGUGAAACACAUGUAGUAGGUAGCGGUAAUGUACAAGUUUCAUCAUCGGUUUCAUCGGAUUCACAUUCAAAAGUCGGUAUGGAGAAUAAAACAAAAAUUAAUGAUUUAAUGAAAAAACUGGGUACAACCCAUUCAACAAUUGAUGAUUAUUCAAAGAAACGUACGGAUCAAAUAAAUAAAGAGGUACAAGGAGCAAUCGAUAAAGUUGUUGCUGAAACCAAAACAAGACAAGAACAAUUAUUAGAGGAUGCUAACUUACGGAACCAGGCAAUGGAAAAUGAUUAUAAAGUUAAAUUAGAAAAGACCGUGGAGGAAUUGAACAUCGGAAAGGCACAAACAUUAGCAGCAAUGGAAAAAGAAUUAAAUAUUAGACAAGAAGAGAUUUUGAAUGACGCUAAACAACGUAUUGAUCAACUAAAUACACAAGCAAAUGCAGCUAAAAUUGGUGUGAUGAAAGAAGCCCAAGCCCAAGUGAAUGUUAAAGUGGCUGAUAUCAAAGAUCAAGUUCAACAGUUAGGAGCCCAGGAUGCUGCACGUCGAUUAGAAACAAGUACAACAACAACAAUUACAUCCGAAGCUAAAUCAGACCAACACGCAGCUACAAGAGCAUCAACCGACACUGCUGGUCAUGGUGCAACUCAUACACGUACCAGCGUUACGGAAACAUCGCAGUCUCAUAAAUAG